AUGCUCAACUUCUCAAUUCUCAUCAUGCUGCUGCUUACGGUAUCCACGAUCUCCGCGUCACCAGCCGCCCUCCACACUGGGUUCCAACAAAAGAGCUUGGAGCACAUCAACUCCUUCCGCAGUCGAUUUGCGAAUGCAGCUCAGAUUGCUAACAUGCAAAAAAUGAGAUAUAAUCGUACCUUGGAAGCCACAAUCCAGAAUUAUACUUCAAGCUGUGACCUUUUGGACGACAUGGGGGAUAUGCCCACCUAUGCUAUUCUGGACAAAAACUUUAUCGACAGUCACAUUCGGCAGACCGAAAUACAUCAAGAUCAUCUUGAGGUAUACGAAUAUCAUAUUGAGAUUCUCUUGGGACCGGAUCGUACUGUGACUCAUAUUCUGCAUCCAUUGGCUACCCAGGUCGGUUGCGCAUUGAUGGCUUCACCAUGUAAAUGGCCGAGAGGUCAUGAGGAAUGGCCGACAAUCGGCAAGAUUCAAACCAUCUGCCUUGUCGGAGAAGUGUAA